GAUGCCCUGCUUCACGUUCUCCAAUACAGAAAUCUUAAGUGAAAAUGAAAGUGUUCGCAUUUUUGUUUAUUGUUGCCGUAACGGUAUAUCCUAGUUGUUUGGCCAAAAAUGACGUGGAAACAUACUAUUUGAAGGAUAAAAUCAAGGCAGCUUUUGAAUGUGUUAGAGGAAUAAUGAAGGAAGGAAUUCCUUCCGUCGGUUUACCUUCGCUAGAUCAGCUCAACGUCGACGAAUUAAACGUUGAUUUGAAUAAACUUGGAAUUGAAAAUGUCGCCGGAUCGUUGAAUGUGAGCGCAUUGGAAUUGAAAGGUUUGUCCGGUUUCUUUUUAUCGAACAUGGAUGACAAAGUAUCGGUGCUGCCGCCAUCUUACGAAUUGAUAAUGCAUUUCAACGAACCCGAGUUGCUUUUGGAGACGGAAUAUGAAAUUGAAGCGGAGAUAUACGGGAUUUCCGUGACCGGAACUGGACGCGCUUCGAUCAAAGUCACCGAUUUGGUCUUGGAUAUUGGUUUCAAAGGGGAAUUGGUUGCUAGAAAACCAUACCUACAUUAUGCACAUAUUUAUCCAACAAUCGAAACUUUCAACGCUUCCAUAACUGGUUUAUUCGAUGAUGAAGAACUAAGCAAAACGCUUAGUGGCAUAAUUAGUGACACUGUGCUCGCAACAGUGAAUGAUAACUCUCAGGCGAUUGGAGAUCAAAUUGGAGAUUACAUCAAGCAGAUUAUUAACAAUGUGUAUUCGGCGCUCCCAUUAGAUAUCGGUGACAUAAUUGAAGCUAUUGUUGAUAAAUGCUCUUAAAUUUUGUUAUGAUCAUUUUAAAAACUAAAUCCCAAAGAUUAAAACUUGUGUAGAAUAAAUCAAUAUAAUUGA